GUUACCGCGGCUGUGUCCCCGCCCGCUGCUGCCGCUGUCGUUUGUCGCCGCCGCCGCCAUGGACAGCGACGAGGAGACGCUGGAGGAGACCGUAGAAGGGCAUCUAGAUGAUGAUGGGCUGCCACAUGGAUUCUGUACAGUGACUUACUCAUCAACAGACAGGUUUGAAGGAAACUUUGUGCAUGGAGAAAAGAAUGGCCGUGGCAAGUUCUUCUUUUUUGAUGGAAGCACCCUGGAAGGGUACUAUGUUGAUGAUGCCCUGCAAGGCCAAGGAAUCUAUACUUAUGAGGAUGGAGUGGUCCUUCAUGGCACAUAUGUGGAUGGAGAGCUGAAUGGACCAGCCCAAGAGUAUGACAGUGAUGGGCGGCUCAUAUUCAAAGGGCAGUAUAAAGACAACAUUCGACACGGGGUUUGUUGGAUUUAUUACCCGGAUGGAGGCAGCCUUGUGGGAGAAGUGAAUGAUGAAGGGGAGAUGACUGGAGAGAAAAUAGCCUAUGUGUACCCUGAUGGAAAGACUGCUUAUUCUGGAAGGUUCAUAGAUGGAGAAAUGAUAGAAGCAAAACUGGCAACUCUGACAUCUCUAGAGGAUGGGAAACCUCAGUUUGAAGCAGUACCAGGCAGUCCAGUAUACAGUUUUGACAAAUCUACUUCAUCCUGCAUUUCUACAAAUGCACUUCUUCCUGAUCCUUAUGAGUCAGAGAGAGUGUACGUUGAUGUCUCUCUCAUUUCCAGUGCUGGAGAAGGAUUAUUCUCCAAAAUAGCAGCAGAAGCCAGUACAGUUAUGUCCUUUUACAAUGGAGUGCGAAUUACACACCAGGAGGUAGACAGCAGAGACUGGUCCCUCAAUGGAAAUACAAUAUCCCUGGAUGAUGAAACAGUCAUAGACGUGCCAGAGCCCUACAACCACGCUGCCAAGUACUGUGCCUCACUGGGGCAUAAGGCCAACCAUUCCUUCACUCCUAACUGCAUCUAUGACCCGUUUGUUCAUCCUCGUUUUGGGCCCAUCAAGUGUAUCCGUACCAUCAGGGCUGUGGAGAAAGAUGAAGAAUUAACAGUGGCUUAUGGAUACGAUCACAACCCCGUUGGGCAGAAUGGGCCAGAAGCACCAGAGUGGUACCAGCUGGAACUGAAAGCUUUCCAGGCUGCCCAGAAAAAGUGAAAUGGGAGCUCCUUCUCUGCUCAGCAAACUGAAAUAGAAACUUGGAUCUAUGCACUACCUUUAUACUGAAAACUGGACAACCAGGGAUUGUUCAUGCUGUUGCAUCAUAACUUUGCAUUCUGUGUUAAGAGAUAAGUUUCUUGCAUACUAACUAGGUUUGACUGUGUUACUCAUAGCAGAUUUAAAAUUAGCUAGUGUUGCACCAGUCUUAUCUGGAGAAAUUAUUUAAUAUUCUAUACGAGAUGUGAUAUUCUUUGGUAGCUUCUGCUUUUGCACCAUAUGCAAAGAUGCCAAAAGACUAGACAGAAAACUAAAAUGGGUAUAUCGUUCACUUUUAGUCGGCAGACUUAGUGUUGCUCUCUAUCUGCCUAGGCAUUAUUGUGCAACUGCAUUUUGCAUAUAUGCCACUUGUGAUGAUAACAGUAAUAUUUUGAUAUUCUCUAAUAGUAGCAUAAUUUUGCCUUUUUAAACCUUUGAUCUGAAUCUUGCAAUAGAGCAGUUUAUUUAUUAGCAUAUAGGAGGCUGGGUUUUAACUCCCCUUUCCUCUUGUCUGAAUGUUGUUCUUUCUACAAAUCUUUUGCAGGAGAAAAUCCUUUCUAACUAGUGGAAAGGCUUGUGUGUGUAUGUGAGAGUGCUGUGUGUUGGUCUCUGUGGCUCUCUAAAUAGUAUAGCAACAUGUCCAAACCUAAUAUUAAUCUAGCCUUUAUGGCUGGCUUAUUUUAUUUAUGAUUAUGACACGCAAAUGAAGCUGUUCUUUGCAUGAAGAUUUGCUGAAGGAAGAGAAUGGAUGUGCUUCUUGAAGGACUUCCGGAAGUGUGUGUUCUGGAAGGCAGGUGCGUUACUUGCAUUAGUGUCCAGGGUUGGUUUGUGUGUUUCACCUGUUAAGGCUGCAAGUUCUCAAGGCAAAAAUCCUAGCAAUGAGAUGCUUGCAUCUCACAUGAAUUCUCUUGAAGGAGAUGUAUCUGAGGGCAGGCUGUAGUACUUGAUGAAGGAGAGCUGUAUCUUUUGUAUCUGUUCAGUUGACAAAGAAUAUAGCCUUGUAGCUGUCUUUUUGUAGUGCUGGUUUAAGACACAGUAAAUCAAUAUAGUAUGAGAUAUCAAAAUAAGAUAAAAAAAAACUAUAUGAGAAGAUUGUUUUUGAAAGACAAACAAUGAAUGUAAAAACUUCACGCACUGCUCAUACUUAGAAGCAGCAGUCAAUCCGUAGCUUUGUUGCAGCCAGCAGUGGGAGCUUGUGAAUAUUCAUCUUCAGGGCUGUGUUCUGGGGUUUUUCAGGGGUAGAGAAAUUGUUGUGCAUUUGUUUUCAGAUAUUGUACUGGUCUUGCCUAAUGCUGUAUAGGAGAGAGACAAUGUAUGAUCUUGGUCUGGAUGCUGGAGCCCCUUCUGGGCCUAUGAGGAUCUCUUUUGGGUUUAGCAGCUUAGGAAGAACUCAGAUGCAUUUGCAACACUUUAUUUAAAUGUUUGUAGUUUAGAGAAGUUUGUAUAUAUGUAACAUAAAUGAUUUGGAAAUCAGACCUACCUUUCUAUUGCAACACAUUUUGGUUGGUUGCUUGAACAGUCAGAGGUGUGUCUAGCUGUCUGGAGAGCUAGACAUGGAGAAUGUGUUGGGUUGAUACCUGCAGGUGGAAGGAUGAGGUUGCUGUUUUGUGCAGUCUGAGAAUCCUUGCUUUGGUACAAAGUUAGUUAUUAAGAAGAACCUCUGUAACCUGGGGCUCUCUUUAGUCCCUGUGACUGAUCACAAACCUUUUCCAGCACCUCACCAUUUAAGCUUGCAAAGAAGCUACUCCCGGCAUGUGCUUGCUGGUGGGCAGGCAGGUAGGCUCAGGGCUUUUGACGCUCUUCCAGCAGUGAUCUGAAUGUGAGCUUUGGCAUCACCCAUCUUCUCACACUGGAGACUUAAGCCACAGCUCUGCUUCUCAUCCAAGGCAGGUGGCUGGCAGAGGUGACAGUUCAGGGACUCAGCUGACUGUGCAGAGGCAGAACUGAGCCUUAUGGUUGAAGGAAGGUUGUCAAAGGCCAAUGGACAGCACAGCUUCAGCGAGUGAACCUCAGAAAGAAAUAUGCAUGCUAGAUCUUUCCCCACCUGCCUGCAGGUCACUAUUUUAGAUCAUUGCUCUUUCAGCUGUUUGCAGAGAAGCAUGCCUGGCUGGUAGGAACCUUUUAUGUUCAUCUUGUGGAUUAUUCUGCCAGGACCAUAGAAUUUGCAAAGUUGAAGCUUAAGUGCAGGGAAGAGGAGCAGGGAAGGUAUGUGGCUGAAUCCUGCUGUGGAUGGGUGGUAACUCCUUCCACAGUGUUGAUAACCUCCUUUGGACUGCUGGCGUCUUUGUGCCCUCUAUAGUAUCAGGCUUAAAAUGUUCUGAUCUCUUGAGCUCUUUGGGCUUCAUUCCUUGGAUCAGUCUCUGAUUCCUCUGCUAUCUCCCUUUGAAGUUGUUUAUGCUUUAAUAGGUUUAUUGGUCUUUGAAUUACCUGAUUUUUUGAGAUAAAUACAAGAUAGGUGCCCUUUCCAUAUCAGGUUUGAAAGUUGCACCCUAAAAUAGAGAAAUCCUAGGGAAGGAAGGCACUGAGAUAUCCUCAGUGUGUUCUCAAAAGCUGUUAACUUGGUGGCAGUCAAGCAGAUUCUCUUGCUCAUGCCUGUAGCCUGGUAGUAUGCCACAGCUGUGGCUAUUGUCUCUGUUAACUCUGCUGUCCUUUUUCUCUCUGCUCUGUUAAAAUCUAUUGGUCCUCCUAUAGAUCCCUUCUUCAGUGACCAACCUUUUAUAAAAGUUGUGAUUAUAAAGCUGCUUUGGCUUGAUUCAGGACCAAGCCUUUUAAUCCUUGUUUUCUUUUUUCUUUGUGGUUUAUUAGAGUGAAGAUGGUUGGGGUGGUUUUUACCACUGAGUAGCCAAAGGGCUCAGUGUGUCCUUCAGAGGUUUUUGAGAGGUGUGCGUUGGCAACCACAGGUUCAAACACAGGUUAGCUAUAGAACUCCAAAUAAUGCCUUAACUUGGUCAGCGUAUUGCAGCUCAGCUUCUGGGGCUCACUAGAUAGCAAGGCUGGCUUAGCAAAGCUGUUUAUCAGUAGUAACACGAGACCCACACCAAACAUGGUUUUGAAUUGGAGCUGAGGAAACAGCUGUUUUGCAAAUCAAUCAGUUUGAGUCUGUUGGAUGCAGCUGACUGCUGGUGAAUAUGCAGUAAGAAGCUCUACUUCUCAGAGUCUGGCCAAAGACCUAUCCUGUCAGCACAAAAACUGGAAGGAGAACUGAUGCCUGCCGUGAGCAGCUGGCUCUCAGAGUACCUGUUGUGACUAAAGAAUGGCAUAAGAGAACCUGGAAUUGUUGCUUUUGCCAGGUAUGAAUCAGUUCCCAAUGCCUGCCUUUGGUCUCCAGUGCUGCACAUGGCUCCUCUGGGAUGGGAGGAUUGUUUCCUGAGCUCUUUGAUGAGAAGGAGCCUGUAUCAGCCAGUAUUAGAGGCUGAUGAUGGUCUCUUUUAUAAAAUAAAUAGAAUCUUACAUGGCUCUUCCUGCCAUGGCAGCACUGUGUUUUGUCACCAGGAAUACACAAGCUUAGUUUUCUGGAGAAGCAUUGAAUCUUGGAGACAAGAGAGUAUGAGGAGUUAAAGCUGAGAGCUGCCUGCUGCUGGGUCACUCCUCUGGCUAAGAGAGAAAAAAGCUUUGGGCUGGGUCUCAAGCUAUAAUUUUAGUUUUGGGGAGCUACUAAAAUACCUGAUUUUCCUUCACAAAGCUGAAAAGGCUUUUUUUCCCCUUUUUGGUAGUAAUUAAAAAAAAAAACCUUAUCAUCCAUAAAAAUAUGUAAAUCUUAACUGUUGAAAAAGUCAAAGGAAGUAGGUGGGUAUGGUGGUGAUAGCUUUUGACUUCUUCCACAGUUGCAAGGAUUCCUGCUGGGAUGGCCCAUGGUUUUGCCCAGGUUCAGCUCCUGACAACUCAUACAGGUUUUGAGACCUUUGUGAGGCUUACCAGUUGCUUGGCCCUGUGAGGCUACAUGUUUUGGGGGUGAUGAGGCAGCCGUCUCCUUCAUCCAGGCUUUCCAGAUGCAAAGCUUUGUGCCACACACAGUUGGCAGUGGCUGUGGUUGCUUUCCUGGGUUGUUGUAGGAUGUUGCUGGUGUGGAAGUGAGAGCGCCAUUGGGGAUUUCUCACCCUGUGCUGGGCACUGGAGGAGCAGUAUAGCUGACAUAGCCUAUCUGGGAUAAGAAACUGAGGAGUGGUGGGAAUUGCCACUUCUCUGUUUCAUCCCAACUGGCUGCCCUUGUCCUUCAGUAAAUACCCGUGGUCACCACUUUGGUUGCACCAGGAACUGUAGAGAGUCGCUUCUGUCCCAGAGCCCUCUGUGAUUUCUGUCCUUUCACUCAAUUUGAUAGUGUUUCUGGAAAAUGCUGCCAUUGCAAUGAGGUAACAAGUUGUACAGAGCCGGUUAUCUGCUGCUUUGGUUUCCUCAGGUACAGCAGACUUGCUGGAGCUGUGGGUGCCUGAGGAAUCCACCUCCAAGCAAUUGGGUUAAAACCCAAUUGCUUUGAAAACAAUGUCGCUGAAGUGUCUCCUUAUAUGCUGGGGUGCUGCGUUAGACACCUCUUCCUCACUCACACAUUGCUGUCAUAUGCUGAGAGGAACUGGAAACAUGAGAACUGUAUUUUUGGACAAAGCAUUUAUAAGCAGUCUUACAAGGGAUUUUUUUUUUUUAAUUAUAAAAAAGGUGCAAGAUUGAGUGCAUGUUUACUUGCCCCAGAUCAAAGGUUUUGAACACUAAGGUCACUGUCUGUUGAAUGGACCCUCCUCUUGACCCUCUUCUGUCUUCAGGCAAUUGAAGCUCCUGCCCUCUUUCUCUACCAGUUUUAUUGUACCUAUUUUGGUUUUCCCCAGGAGUAAUAUAUAUAUACACAAAAAUCCUUGAAGCAAUUAAAUGUUCAAGCCAUAAAAUCAGGAGUGUGGGAAGACCCUCUUCACAAGUUUUAACGUAUUUGUAUGUAAAAUGAUGUUUGUAUGAAAUAUUUUCAUGGUAGAAUGAAUAUUUAAAAGAAAAAGAUUCCAGUAAGAUCUAAACCAAAUUUAAAAGGAUGUCUUUUUGUAAGAUGCAAGUGUAAUUGGUUACCAAUAAGUAGAUAUUUGUUUUUAAAGGGGAGAUGCAACAAAUGAUCUUUACAAUUACAAAUGGUCGUUUCUGCUAUUUGGGAAAGUAUUUAUGCAGCAUUACACAUGGCUAUCAUAAAUAACUGCAAUAGCAAGGCCAGUCGCAUCUUCAGGACAUACCUCUCAGCUUGUCCCCUUUGUGAUAUUAUAGGAACAGACACAUCCCUCCUUUCUGCAGAUUUCUUCCUAAAAAACUUUUCCUACUGUAACUGUACUGAAUUUAACUCUUGAGCUAAGAUCCAGACUAAAAUUGUGUAUUACUUAACAGUUUCUGCUGGGCCUUCUGCUAUUUUAAUACUCUUCAGCCCAUAAUUACUGGGUGUCUCUGUUCUGAAGAACUAAGUGCUAAAGAAUAAUCUUGGGGUGAGCUUAAACGUGUGUUAACAGUUAACCCCGGAGUAUUUAACUGUAUAAAGUACUUGAGAUAGGUGUUUUAUGACAUUUGUACUCGAACUAUGAGCCUUACUGAACAUCUGUAGGUUUAUUCAUGACUUUUCAAAAAUGGAUAACUCUAAGAAAGAUGUUUACAUGAAUGAUGAUUGCCCUUCCUUUGAUGUUAUGAAUGAGGUUUUUAUAGUGUGUUUGGGUGUAUGUGCAAGGAAGUAAGAAAAAUGUUUCUGGGGAAAAACAGACUUGACAAACAUUUGUAAUAAGUGAAUUUUAAAGAUUGCUUUAAUUGCGCUAUGAAGGCAAUGCAGAUAUUAAAAUAUUCAACAGAA